AUGCGUCGAGUCACCUGGGCAUCCUUGCUCCUGUUCGGAGGCUGCGUCUCCGCCGAGACUGCAGUGUACAAGCUGCACACAGAUUCGAGCUGCAAGUCCGCGCCGACCAUCAUCGGCUUCCAGGAGUCGCCACCUCCGUCCUGCUCGGCCAUCACCACGUGCUCCAGUGUCAACAUCGACGGCGAAGAUCUGUACUGGGAUCGCGCUUGUGCUUCGAACGAGUACGAUGUGUUGUCCGAGUCCCUCUACGGCAGCAAGCCCUACGUGGCCAUGGAGAUAUACGAGUCGGGCGGCAAGUGCUCAAAGUUACUCUCCGGUGCGGCGUUCCUGGCCGAUGGCAGUUGCCUGACCACCGACAACGGCGUCUCCAGCAUGAAGGUCUCUCUAUUCUCCGACGGCUCGGCGAGUUUCGAGACCUACCGCGGGGUGAGCUGCAGCGGCACGGCCGCAAAAAUCUCUCAAGUCUCCAAAGCAGCCCUCACCAGCCACUCGUGCCAGGAGGGAGCGCUCAAAUUCUACUCGAGCGACGCGACCGCAACCGCGACAGCAACAACGACGACGACGACGACAACAACAACAACAUCGACGGACGGCACGGACAAAACCAUCUCAACGACAACUUCACAGUCAGCGCCACGUUCAUUCAGUGAAUCCGUCCUGCUAACUGCAACGAUGACCGCGACACUGGCCAUGGCCAUCGCGCUGCAGUGA